AUGGCUGUUGAAUAUUGCAACGAACAAACUAUCAGAUAUGCGGAGAUGGGGCGAGGAACAUGUGAGUGGCCGUCCUGCCAGUACCUGCUGACCUACCGCACGACCAAAGAUGAGGCCCACUUCGAACUAAGUGCCAGCUGUUCGAGAGAUGGAGUGAGGAUUUAUCGCUACGUCUCUGAGAUUAGUCACGUCACUCCAGCAUUAAAAGAUGACAGACUCUUUAACAAAGAAGGCUCAUGCUCUGGACCUGAUUGGACGUCGUCCUUUUUAAAUUCAACACUGACCUGCCGAUUCAGUCGACCUUUGAAGAUAAUGUUUGACCAGUCCAGUGUGGACCUGAGCACAACCUGGUUUCAAUUAUAUGCCUGGGGACCUCUUACAGCAAGUUAA